UCUCUCUUUUCCUUCUUCCCUUUUCCCUCUUCUCGUGCUGUUAGUCUGCCCUCUCUGCCUCCUGUGGUGCCCGAGUGCAGCUCCCGGCUAUCUCGGCCUUCUGCUUGCUUAACCCACUCACUCCCUCUCCUCCCUCCCGAAUUGGUUCCUUGUUUCUGCCUUCCACAAGUUCCUCCUCUUUUCCAGACUGACUCAAAAUUAAAAAAGAAAAAAAGAAAGAGCGAACCCCUUCCUUAAACCCUUUAUUCAAGUACUAUAAAAGGUUUUCAGGAACAAAUCCUCCGAGAAGGGAGACACCAUCCCCCAAAAAAGCAGCCUUAAUAAUAAUUAUUACCCGUGGACACACCGAGGGAUUACGGCAUCAAACUCAGCGUCAUCCUCCAUCUUCACUCUAUCGUCCACCGUCGUCCCUCGACCUUCGCAGUCCUUCUUUUAAUAUCCCCCCGACUUAAUCGCGAAUUAUACCCCGACACGACUUGACACGAUCGCUACGACUUUUAAAACCCAUGCUUUGAGGUUCCCUGUUUCGUCUCCCCCCACCCCAACGCAGAGCGAUGAUUAUCCUCAGGGUGGAACACUCAGUUUCUCCAAGAUUGCGACAACAUCACCUUUCCCGUGUCAUCGAUAACAGAGCCAUCGACGGCGAUGCCUAUAGCCAGUGAGAGCACCACCACGACGACAACCAUGACAACGUUCUCUGCUCCGGUCACUGCACCUCGGACUCCUCAUAAUCAGGCUGCCCUGGCCGCUUCCUUUACAAAUUUCCUCACCGUCUCUGUACAUCAGAUUUUAUGGCUCCGGUCGGUCUAUCCGCGAGCGACAUUUUUACCCGUUCGGGCUUACAACUAUCCCGUUCGACAGUCCCGCCAUCCCAAGGUGUGUGACUACAUAAACGACGCCUCAAUUGCAGUCGGAACAGAGAUCCUAAAAGGCACGAUAACGGCUGUCAGCAUUAUUCUGUCAUCUGCCCGCACAAAUCAGCCUCUCGAACGAUAUGCCUUUGAUCUCUCAGGAUUCCCUCGUGUGCCCCCCGGGGAGGUGCACACCACUUUCGAAGACAGGAUGGAAGACUCAUCCAAGAGUGCCCCGCAUAAUUCCCAAGUCCUCGACCUCGAAGCGCAAUUCCGUGCUUGUCUUGCGAGACUUGCAUCAGCUUGCGCCCGAUUGACUCCUUUACCUCGUGAUGAUGAAUUCAGUUUUACCGUUUGCAUCGAAGUCCGCGAGGAUGCCUUACCUCCUGCGGGGACCACAACAGAAGAACAGACCUGGGUUGUGGCGGAACCAGGCAAAGUUCAUCUCCGAUCAUGUUCGGCUCCAUAUUCCGUUUCGAAGCUCAAGAACGGUGGGCCGCAACAACCGCCCCCGAAAGUGUCCAACGGCCGUGCCAAAACAGUGCCGGUACGUCGUGUAGAAGCCGGAGAACUUCGUCUCGAGUUAUGGGUGGAAGAGGCACGGCAGAAGUUCAAUGAACCGGUGGAUUCUGAGCAUCCGCCAUAAAUGAACUGACUUGCUGCUCAUAUUUUCUGCUUGCCAAGUUUUCUACUACUGUGGAGCAUUCGGGGGUGCUUCGUUUCUUAACAGUUUUUUACCUCAUUACUUCUUGUUUUAGCGUGACCAAUGAUCGAACAUAUAUGAUGGAUGAAGUGAAAUUCUGGUAUCGUCGUCCAAUGAGUGGUGCAAAUAUAUAAAAUGGGGAGCGGACGAAUUUUGGGACUCGCAUGGCAUUUACAUAGAUCAGGUUCAUCAUCUCUUUCAUUCCGCCAUUUCAUAU